AUGCAUUUGCAAAAGGUGAAGGGAGCAAUGCAAGAUGGUUGGCGAAAAUGUAACAGUUAAGAACUUGUUGAAGUUGGAAGAUGUUUUGAACGAGAAGCAAUUGCAUCGCGUUAUAGAGCAAUCGCUGACGGACCAGAGUAAUUGGAAAAUUUCACAUACAGAGAUACGAUCAGCCACUGAUGGUCUGGCGGGCUUCCUCGGCGAUCACCUCAGGGCGACGUUGCACGUGAUGGUGAAUGGAUCAACGGAGAAGAUACAGCUGUUUAUCAAACGCGUACCGUGUGGAAACAAGCCAAAAGCAGAGUUCAUUGAAGCCAAUAAUUUUUUCAAACGUGAACAGAUGAUGUUUCAGUUAAUUGAGGAGAUGAAAGCCGCUAAUGAUUCAAACCCUUGGUGUGCAAAAGCACUAAUAUACACGAAAUUACUUCUCGUGAUGCAAGAUUUAAGCGAACAGGGAUACUCGACACGUCCAACACUCGAAACGUUUGACUUGCCACAUGUGCGGAUUAUUGCAUCGACCAUUGCUCGCUACCACGCAGAUUUAGCCAACUACCAGACGAAGAGAAGCAUCGAUGAAAAUCAUCAUUGGACCUUCAUGGAACAAUAUCGGGACAUACUACAAGAGCCUACGUUCAAAGAUUCGCCGUGGAUUCGCUGCGCUGCCAAAUUAACAUCUAACUUCCUGAAAAUAUUUUCUAAUAAAUACAAUAAUAUACCAAAUAUUGAAUCGAAACUAACGGAGCUAUAUAUCGAAGGUUGUAACAGCUUUAAAGAAUACAGUAACACCUUGAACGUGCUGAAUCAUAAAGAUUUGUGGGCGAACAACAUAAUGUUCCGAUACGAGAAAGGAGUGCCGUGUAAUGCAUUGCUCAUAGACUUCCAGUGCUUGCGCUACGGACCGCCAGCCUUCGAUCUCACCUUAUUAUUGUACUGCACAACCUCUAGAUGUUUCCGGAAGCAGUACGAGAACGAAAUCUUCCGUCAUUACUACUCAGUUUUCUCGGAACAACUCGAGGAUUAUACUAAAGAGAAACUGGAACAUUUAGGAUACGAUGAGAAGGAAUUCUUGUGUUGGUGUGAAAAGAGUCGUAUGUUCGGACUAGUGUUCGCGAUUACUGUUUUCCCUUACGUGUUGAUGGAGCCGAGAACAGCUCAAAGGAAUUUCGACGAUCCGGAGACAUAUGAUAAAUACUUGAAUGACGAUCGCACGGAACCCGUGCUGGCGCACUGCUAUGAGAAUGCCGAGUACAUGUCAAGACAACUGGAUGUGUGUGAAGAAUUCGUAGAAAGAUAUGUCUUAAACUUGAACUGAUGUAAAUAUAUGAACAAAAUAUG